AUGAGCCCUACCGAUACCCCUAUAGUUGACCUCAAUCCAACGAUCGGACCGAUAUUCGUCGGUUUCGUGGUUUCUACUGCCCUCUAUGGCUUCGAGCUAUCACAGGCACGCCUCGCAUGGCACUAUUGCGCAAAAAACACGAAUGAUCCGCCCCUCGUUAGGGCGGUGGUCGUGCUAUUAGUCCUGAUGGAAACAGCUGCGACUGCAUUGAUGGGGCAGAUUCUAUACCAUUACCUGGUGUCGAAUUACGGCAAUAUAUUUGCGUUGGCGGCAGUACCUGGGACGUUUGUGGGGUGGAGCAUGUUGGUGUCGAGUACUAUCGUGAUCGUGCAACUCUUCUUUUGCUAUCGAACAUGGAGAUUGAGUGAACGGGACCUAAAAGCUAUCGUGGUUCAUGGAUCCCUAACAGCCUGUGCCGUAACGAGCUUCGUCCUAACCAUAAUCCUCUGGGUCCGGACCAUAAAUCGGGAUUCGUUCGUAGACACCAGUGCCGUUGGCUCCGAAAAAGCCAUCAACUCUGCUGCGUUCGUCAUAUCGAUCGUGGCGGACGCUCUCAUAACCGCGACGUUAUGCUCUUACCUCGAUGCCUCCAAGACGGGGCUACACCAGACCGACCGCGUCGUGUCCAGUCUCACUGCCUAUGUCAUUAAUCGCGGGCUGCUCAUCGUAGCUUGCUCGUCGAUCACGUUCGUCACCUUCCUCGCUUCCCCACGUAUCCUCGUCACCCUCGCCUUCCAGCAACAGCUCUCGCGCUCCUACUGCCUCACGCUUUUCGUCAUCCUCGGCUCGUUCGAGCCUUUCCGCCUCGCCGCGCGGCAUCCCUGCGCGCACAACGCCGAUCACCACUCCCAGAGCCAGGGCAUCGUUGUCGACUCCGCGAGCGACUUUGCGCGGAACAUCCAGCUGGAGGUGCGGAGGGACACGGAUACGUAUGUCCUCUCGACGCAGGCGGCGGCCAACAAGGAGAGGUACGCGAAGAAGGGAGGCGUGUACGGCGCCAGCGUGCCUUCCGUCCCCGAUUUCCUCGUCGUGAAGUGA